GUAGGAGUGGAUGCAACUAUUUUCACUUUGCAAAAUAAAUGUAGGAACGCAAUUUGGCCAGGAAUUCUAACAGGAGCAGGAAAACCUCAACUACUUGAUGGUGGAUUUCAGCUAAAACCUGGCCAUGCUAUAAACAUUACUGCACCAAAAGGGUGGUUUGGCCGCUUCUGGGGCCGGAUUGGAUGCACAUUCGAUAUAUCCGGUAAAGGAAAAUGCAUCACAGGAGACUGUGGAGGCAAACUUAAAUGUGUUGGAGCCGGAGGUGAACCACCGGCUUCACUAGCCGAGUUUACACUAGACAGUCCCGAGGGUGAUUUUUAUGAUGUUAGCCUUGUUGACGGUUAUAACCUGCCGGUUUCAAUCGUCCCCUUUGGAGGAUCUGGACAGUGUACGGCAGUUAAAUGUCGUUCUGAUUUGAACAGAAACUGCCCGGCCGGAUUGGAGUUGAGGAACAUUAAGGGUCGCGUCGUUGGUUGUAAGAGUGCUUGUAUGGCUUUUAACAGGCCAGAAUAUUGUUGUACCGGAGACUUCAAUAGUCCAAAGAAGUGUGAGCCAAGUAGUUAUUCAAAGGUGUUUAAGGAUUCAUGUCCUAUGGCUUAUAGCUAUGCUUAUGAUGAUGAAACCAGCACUUUCGCUUGCAAGGGAGCAGAUUAUUUAAUUAGCUUUUGUUAAAGAUGAAAGGAGUUGAUAAACAUUAUUGUAUGAGUGUGUUUGGUAAAUUGAUUAUAUCUCAUUUGUGCAAUGUUUAGAAUGCACUUAAUGAGUAGAC